UCCUCCAGUCAAGGGCAUCGAAGCUGUCGUUAGCCUGAGCUAGCAGCAGCAGAGCACACGUGUGUCUACAGGAGCGUUACAGAGCCGUGCGUUAGGCACCAACACUCUUAGAAAUGGACGGAUUCGGCUCAGACUUCUCAGCAGGCGGAUCUGGAGGGAAAAUGGACACCGGCACCAUCAUGGAGCAGGUCAAGGUCCAGAUCGCGGUGGCUAACGCUCAGGAGCUCCUGCAGAGAAUGACUGACAAAUGCUUCAAGAAGUGCAUAGGUAAACCAGGAAGUACACUGGACAACUCUGAGCAGAAAUGCAUUGCUAUGUGUAUGGACCGGUAUAUGGAUGCCUGGAACACAGUUUCCCGAACAUACAACUCCAGACUACAGAGGGAAAGAGCUCGCAUGUGAACACCCCUCUGUGCAUCCUUCCCUCCGUCAGGCUUCUGCUUACAGUCAGGACCAGUACAGGCACCACUGGAGGCCACGAGUUUUGCAAGGGUGUGUCAUGACAGCAUCACACAUCUUCUGUCAUAAUACCUCACAGACCUGCAAGCAAAGCCUGUGGACUCUUGCCAGAUAGCAGUUCUGCUGACAUUUUUGUGUUCUCUGAUGGACAGCUCUUUAACACAUUUUAAAUAUUUUCUUGUUGUAUGCUAAUACUAAUAGUCUUCAUGUCCUGGCCAGUUUGAUUGAAAACUUUAAAUCCUCUUUUUAAGUCAAGUGUGGAGGUGUUUUUCAGGAUGUAUGGGUGAUGUCUUGUAUAAGUUCAGGGUUCGGUAUCUGAUCUCCAAAAUGGGAAAGCAGUUCUGGGAGGAGAAAAAAAACAAUGCAGUAUCACAAAUAUGAAUCACUUAGAGUAACAUUUUAAUAAGUUGUUGGGACACAUUCCUUUUAUCAAAUGCUUCUUCACGGUAUACAUACUGCACGUACUGCCACCACAUAUAAGCAGGUCUCUCAGUCACUACACUGGCUUAAUGAAACAGAUUCAUUUCAGCAUAAACAUGCUUGCAAAAAAGCAGCACAACUGGAGCUGUCACAGGACAAGACUGAGACCUACUUUAAACCAUCAGGAAAACUCAAUCAAUUUUAUGUUUUCACAGUCAAACGUGACAUUCACAGGCUUCUCAAAAGCCCUAUAUCAGAGUACACCUGGAGAACAAAACUGUUUUGUCUGGCAUGUUUUCUAGUCGUCACUCUAUCUGCUGCCCUCCACAGUAGUGUGCUUGUUUUAGCAGGGGUUUGUCUUGCUUCUGACGGGUUACUGCUCUGUUCUCAUUUGUGCAAGCAGUUUGUUUGUUGUGUAGAAACCUCACUCCCAUUCUUCUCUACCACGGGCUUGUGUGAGACAGUAAGAGCCAACAUAAAAAUCCCCUGAGCAUAAUCUGCAGUAGGAUUUCAGAUGUGAAUGUCCAUCUUUUUUCUUUUUCAAGAAAAUCCAAUAAACAUCGUCAAACAGGU